AGAGGGCCUUUUGCUCACCAGCAGAGCGACCAAGAACGAACUCGGCGUCGGCGCGGACUCUGCUCUCCAAUCUCCCUCGAAUCUCACUACCCCCUCUCUCCCGAGCUCCCCGCCAAAUCCGCCGCCUCCACCUUCCUCACUCGCGGCGGGGCGGCAAGCUGCCACGGGCCCCGCGCGGCGCGCCGUCCGGCAAUGGGGGCCACCGCCUGCGACGCCGCCGUCGAGGAGCUCGCUCGCCUCCUGGACCAAGUGGAGGCGCCGCUGAAGGAGACGUUUCAGAAUGUGCACCAGGACUAUCCAACAGAAACACUAUUGCGCUUCCUCAAAGCUAGAGAAUGGCAUGUUUCCAAGGCUCGUGAUAUGCUUUUAGAUUCUUUGAAUUGGAGGAUUCAAAAUGAAAUUGAUAGUAUACUGGAGAAACCUAUAGUUCCAGUAGAUUUAUAUAGAUCAAUACGCGAGACACAGCUUGUUGGAUUGUCAGGAUACUCAAAGGAGGGCAUCCCAGUAUUUGCCAUUGGUGUUGGACUGAGCACAUAUGACAAAGCUUCGGUCCAUUACUAUGUGCAAUCUCAUAUUCAAAUCAACGAGUAUCGUGAUCGUAUUAUUUUGCCUAUGGCGUCGAAGAAGUUUGGGCGGCCUAUUAGCACCUGUAUAAAGGUUCUAGAUAUGACUGGUUUGAAAUUGUCAGCACUCAACCAAAUGAAGAUUUUGACUGCAAUAUCUACUGUUGAUGAUCUGAAUUACCCUGAAAAGACCGAGACCUAUUAUAUAGUUAAUGCUCCAUAUAUAUUCUCAGCAUGUUGGAAGGUUGUGAAACCUCUCUUGCAAGAGAGGACAAGAAAGAAGGUCCAUGUUUUGCAUGGUUGUGGGCGGGAAGAACUUCUAAAGAUUAUGGACCACUCUUCCCUUCCCCAUUUUUGUCAGCGGGAAGGCUCAAGAUCAUCUAAAAAUUCAUCAAAUGACAUCGGCAAUUGCUUCUCUCUUGACCAUCCUUUCCACCAAGAACUCUACCACUACAUUGAGGAGCAAGCAUUGAACCAGGAGCUCAACAAGCAGGGCUCCUUACAUGUGAACAUACCUGACCAAGACCCUGAGGACGCCAAGAUUGUCGAAGUCAUCGAGGCCGAGUUCCAAAAGCUCGGUGAGCAGAAUGGUUCUGUCAAUGGCGAUCACAAAGAAUAGUGCUGUGCCUGUGGAAGAUGAUCAGCCACUUAGCCAUGACUUAACUGCAACACAUUGGUGGUCGCUUCUGACAAUUCUUUUGCGACUGUCGCUACCCUGGUGUUUUCUUGGGGUUUAUAGGUGAUAUGUAGCACAUACUUGCAGCUGCAUGAUGCAAGUCUGAGGAAAGAACUUAUCACGGUAUGCUAGUCAAAACUUGCAAUGCAUUAUCAUAUAUUUGUACAUGCAGAUGUUAAUCUGCUACAGAGGAAAUCAUAUCUGAAUCCUGAAAUCAUCUUCAGAAAAGUGUAUUCAAUACUCAUGUCAGAAAUAACGAUGCAUUUUGAUCCUGUCAA